AGGUGGUGCGGAGGGGAGGGGGUGGUGGGAGGGAGAGGGCCUGGCUGGAAAUGUUUGAGCCAGAGAGUUGAGCAGCAGAUCGGCCACUCGUGUUUCCUGCGCUGUUGCUGCUGUGAGAGAAAAUCCUAGGCAUGGGCCUCUGGCACUCGACUCCACGCGGAGAAUGACAACAGCUCACACGGUCGCUAGCUGAGACGGGAGGAGUCCGAUCGCCGCACAAGGUGCCUCUUGAAGGGAAAGAAAAAGAAAACAGAAAGGGGGGAGAGAGAGAGAGUGUGUGUGUGUGUGAGAGAGAGAGAGAGAGAGAGAGAGACGAAGAGGCAGUGCGGAACACCACAUUGAGAUCCUUGACAGAAAGUGCCUUGUCUGACGACGUCCCUACUUGAAGCUUGCUCGCUAUUUAUCCGCCGUGCUUUUUUCAACAGAAACUAGCUCACCCACCAAACCUCCUGCCCUCUGUCUGUGCACACCGAGCCACCAAGCCAGAGACAAAACCUGAGUGGAAAACAUCUUGACAGCCUUGUCAGAGAAUCCGGCGGCCUUGCCAAAGCACAGAGAGCGAGGAGAGAAGCCACCGCCGCCAAAGUUCCACCCCCCGUCUCUCCCCACGCACAGAAUACAUAUUACUCUCCUGAAGGAGAACGAUUGCGUGAAAAUAGCGUGAGUCAACUACUCCGUGUCCACCCCUCUCACAACCCCACCUCCAUUCCUCCUCCUCCUCCUCCUCCUCCUCCACCCUCGCAGAAAAGGACAUUACAGGAAGGCACGGACGGACGGUCUCUCUCAGUCCACACUACGAGCAUGUCCCCUCUGUCCCGCAGGCUGCCUGCACCUGGGACUGAGUGACGGAUGAGUGUCGUCGCUGUGAUUGACAGUUCUGCUCAAGGCGGCCGUCUCCCGUGCUGCCACUCUCCGGAGGCGCUGCUUUGCUCGAAAACUCAGACAACAAAAACAACAGACAUAUUUUGGCAUCAACAACAGAUUUGGGCCAACUCUAUGUGACAUACUUUUUUAGAUUGUGUAUUUUUGUUUUUAUUCUCAAUUGAAACCCGCCCCAGCUGUCCCCCACCUCUGUCCUUUUAACACCUUGUCUUAAAGUGACUGCUAGCCUUUGCGUCACCUCAGCUGUUUGCUAUGGCUUUGAACAUCGCCUCGAUACGAGACACAAAAUGGCUGACCCUGGAAGUGUGCCGUCAGUUUCAGAGGGGGACCUGCUCGCGCAGUGACGAGGAAUGCAAAUUCGCCCACCCGCCCAAGAGCUGCCAGGUGGAGAACGGGAGGGUGAUCGCCUGCUUUGACUCGCUAAAGGGCCGGUGUACAAGAGAAAACUGCAAGUACCUGCAUCCGCCAGCGCACCUGAAGACUCAACUGGAGAUCAAUGGGCGAAACAACCUGAUACAGCAGAAGACAGCGGCAGCCAUGUUGGCUCAACAGAUGCAGUUCAUGAUCCCAGGCACAACCAUGCAGCCAGUGCCUACGUUCCCGAUGAGCCAGGGUCUCGGCUCAAAUCACGGCUUGAGCUACGCCCCUUACCUGACGCCCAUGAGCCACGGCAUGGGCCUGGUUCCCACAGAGAUGCUCCCCAGCACCCCUUGCAUGGUUCCCGGCAGCCCGCCCAACAACAUGCAGAGCUCCUCCUCCUCGCAAAAGCUUCUGCGGACCGACAAGCUGGAGGUGUGUCGUGAGUUUCAGCGGGGCAACUGUGCCCGGGGCGAGACGGACUGCCGCUUUGCGCACCCCAGCGACAGCCCCAUGAUUGACACGAGCGACAACACGGUGACGGUGUGCAUGGACUACAUCAAGAGCCGUUGCUCGCGCGAGAAGUGCAAGUACUUCCACCCGCCCACGCACCUGCAGGCCAAGAUCAAAGCUGCACAGCACCAGGCCAACCAGACGGCUGUGGCAGCGCAGGCCGCCGCAGCCGCUGCCAUGACUCAGUCGACUGCCAAAGCAAUGAAGCGACCCCUCGAGGCAACUGUAGAUCUGGCCUUCCCCCAUAGCAUGCUGCAGCCCCUACCAAAGAGACAAGCCCUGGAGAAGAGCAAUGGGGCCAGCACCCUCUUUAACCCCAGCGUCUUGCACUACCAGCAGGCCCUGGCUAACGCCCAGCUUCAGCAGUCUGCCGCUUUCUUUCCCACAGUACCCAUGAUGUACAGUGCUUCGCCUGCUACUGUCUCUGCAGCAACAACUCCUGCCACAAGUCCCUACGCAGCAACAGCACCAGCCAAUCAGUUGCUAAUAACACCGAAGUCAUGGGUUUAACUCGAAGCCAACUCUCCCACUGAUAACAUUUUACCUCUCCUAUAUCAUCAUCCUGAAAUAGGCCACAGGAGGGGAACUGUGUGUCAAGAAGCUGCACUAAGAAGCCCAAAACAGUCCAUCUGUAAAUACUACUACCCCACACCCGUAGAGCUACAGCAACCUGCAUGCUAAAACUACACAACCUACCAAUCAAACUGAUACUUAUACCAUGUGAAGUGCUGAUGUAAUAUAAACAGUGUAAAUGUACUGCUAGGGGAAAAAAUCUACAUAUAGACAUUGAAAUGAUACAAUUGGACUAUGACAAAGAAGAGUUGAAGAAAACAAAUAUGUACAGCACAUGCGUUCUCAAGGCGGAAACAGCGAUUUCAUUUAAAUGAUUGUUCCUUCGUCAGGUAACGUGAAUCCUUUUCAUAUUUGUUUUGUUCUGAAAAUCUGACUCUGCACAAUGUUCAUCCUAGGGAGAAGAUUUAAAAAAUAUAUGUCUUAUUUGCACUGUUCUAAAAGAAAAUAGUGCUUAAAAUGAAGUGCUUAAUUGUUUUGAAUGGGAAUAGUCACAGAGAAGUCCCUCAAAAGCAUGUCUUAGAAACCCGCUGAUCUGGCUUGCCUAUAGUUUGUGCUCCAGGCAUGAGGGAUUGCUUGAUUUAUCCUUUUUUUUUUUUUUGCUUAUUCAUUUUACUAAUUUGACAAACAGAAACAUGAAUGUCAAAGGCAAGACCAGCUCUAUUUUUUUUUUUUUUUUUUUCUUUUCUGCUGACCAGCUGUAGUUUUUGUGUCUUCUGAAUGUGCUCCCCUUGCCAAACCUCUCGGACGACAACACCUUUCUCUCAUUGUGUUUCUGGACCUGCUUGACAAACCUCAACAGUGGGAAAGUAAACAUUAAUUUUCCAUCCAGACAUUCUGCUCGAUACGAACAAAAAAAAAAGGGGGAAAUGAAGAGAUUUAUUCCAGAAAGAAACAUGCCCACUGGCCACCGACGUGCCACAAUCUGGAUUCUGUCUGUGACUCCAAAAAGGACUGUAUUUGUUCUGCUCCAUUGGUUUGGUUUUUUGUUUUGGGUUUUUUUCCUCCCUGCGUUUUCCAUCAUUUGGGGGCAGGAGGACUAUUUGUGUGUGUGCAUAUACGUGUGUAUGUGUGUGUGUGUGUGUGUGUGUGUGUGUGAGGCAGAGGCUAUGUAUGUGUCUGUGUGCAUCAAGGGUGAACGUUAGGGGGGGGAAAACAUGUGGCCAUCUGGGAUUUACAUGUGGCUUCUAAUCUGUGCCAAGGGCUUAUACCAAGCUGGUAAACUGCUGAGAAUACAUAUACAGACACAUACAUACGCACGCACACACACACACACAAUGUAAACCUUGUGUAUCCUAUAGGCCCAUUUGUCCUUAAAGUCCAGUCUAAGGGAGCACUUACACCAAUGAGAGAAGUUGGAUGCGAAACCAGAGGAAAUGGAGGGGGCACAAGCUAGUGCUUAGGCUCCCAACGGGGCAGGAGUCUUUCUUUUCUUCUUUUUUUCCUUUUUUUCCCUUUUUUGUCAUGCUAAAGGACUUUCUGUAUGGAGGGCUAUCUCUGACUGACUACUGCCAGGGUGCUCUCACCUGGAAUCCUGUUUUAUUUGACAAACAGUAGAAAAGUGCCUAAACAUAAUCUUUUACACAGCAGACAUCUUGAGAAGAUGCUGGUGUCUUGGAAGGAAGAAAAAAUAAACUCCUCCACAAGCACUCAAACACAUACUCACACACACACACACACACACACACACACAUACUCACACACACUUUGGAGUUGUAAGUCCCCCAAAUAGUUUGACAUGUAAGAAAGUUUUUAGAAAAGGAGAAAAAAUCUUCAAUGGUUAAACACAAUUCAUUCACAAAUGAUGGUUAAGUCUGUUUCACCAUGUUAUAAUACAUCAUUCAACACCAAAUGUACUUCUCACCAGAAAAUAACUGUUGACAGACUGAUGGGCGGAAUGUUCAGUAAUUAUUUGAUAAUGUAAUCUUUGUUUGUAGUAUUGUUUAUUUUUGUAGUUCAUACUGGAAAAGGUAAUUGAGUGGGAAAGACAAGAAAUGUAAUGUGAUGUUAUUCAUUGUCUGUAAUAUGUAUAUAUCUGUGUGUAUUCAUAGUCAUUUCAAUAUACUCUCGAUGAACACCUUAAGUGACAUACGAAUAACAACCACCAAGAUCAUUCAAGUCAGGACUAUCACCAGGGCCAGUGUGUCUGUUUUUAUGCCAUGGUAUAGUCCCACUCUUGUCAAAUCAAUUUCCAUUUUAUUAUCUUAUAUAUUUUACUAUUUCUCUACUACAGAGUGCAUUUUGCUCUACAGCAGUAGAACGGACGAUGAAGUACACGCAGCCUUCUAUUUCCCUUUCUCUCAUGUGUGGCUACGUAUGUGUGUGUGUGUACGGAAAAGUGUGUAUGUGUUUGGGUAAAGGGUAUGUGAGGGUGUCUUGCAUGCAUGCAUGUGUGUGUGUGUGUGUGCACAUGCCUGUGCACAUGUUGGUGUGUUAAAAGAAAAAAAAAUCAAAUCGGAAUCAUGAUGUAUUUUCAUGGUGCUUUGAUGAACACAGACAAUCCACAGACUUCUUUGGUUCCACAAGAUUAAGGCACUGGUCUUAGUUAUUUUUUCUUUUCUUUUUUCUCUAUCAUUUAGGUUUCUUCACAAAAGUUACAGUUUUAAUGUAAUUUUUGAUGUGGAAAGUCAUUUAAAUAUAUUUUAAUUUCAUUUAUUUGUUUUGUUAAAUAAUAGUUCUAGAACAAUGUUGUAACCUAUAUUUUAAAAUGAAUGUAAUUUAUUAAGCUGUGCUUGUCUCUGCAUGGUUGGUCCCUCAGCUGACUCCUCCCGGAGGGUCAGUUUUGUCCGUGAGAGCCAGGAAGAGAGGCUGAAGUCUCUGACUCCCUGGUAGUCAUUGGCUCUCUCUGUCUGUUUCUCAUCCUUUCAGCAACAGAGGACAAUGCAUUGCAGUGAAAGCAAGGCUUUGGAAUUGCUUGUAUUAUGUAAAACAACAACAACGACAACAACAAAAAUGUUUAUUGUAUAGGUAACAUUUUACCAAAAAAAAAAAUAUAGAAAAAAAAUACUUUACACUGUAGUAUAAUAGUUAUUUCAUAACAAUAUUAAGUUGUUGCUGUGGCAACCUGAAGUUGCAAUGACUAAAGUUCGGUAUUUUUGUAAAUGUUUGUUCAGUUCAUUUUUUUUUUUUUUAGAACACAGUACAACAUUAGAUUGUGAUGCAGAUAUGGGAUCAUUUCCUGUUAUGUUGAGAUUGUAUACCCUUUUUUUCUGUAGGAUUUAUCAGCCUCUGUAUCAGUGUAAGUUUUAAGAUAUGAUAGGAAGUACUUGCCAAUUGUAUUUAGUGUGAAAUAAUUUAAGAAAUAGUCCACCAACAAUAUAGUUGAGCCAUAAUCUAUUCAGCUGUUCCCCAUUUAACAUGAUUGACUAAAGGAACUCCUGGUUUUAUGAAAGGCCAGUGAUAGUUUAUAGUGAAAUAAAUAUUGCACUUUGUUCCCAUGUAAAAACAAAACAAAUUGAUGCACACUGAGUAUGGUAUGGUAUGGUAUGGCAACGUAACAAUAUCAAGCAGGUUAUUCUUGUUCAUUGCUACCCAUGACACUAUAGAAUAUAAUAUUCAACCAGCAUCUUGCAUGACAUCAUCACUUCAAAUUAGAGGUUAAUUAUACUUAAAAUGACAGUAAUAACAAUAGAAAAUAUAAUAAUGAUAUAUUGAAUGUGUGUUGUAAUACUAAAAAGUAUAUAGAGAUAUAUUAUUUUACACAGAAUAUUCUCAUUAUACACAAUUCUGUAAGCCCCAGGUUGGGAUGUGCUACACCCAAAUAAAAUAGAAAUGUUAUGACAAGUCCAACUUUAGUUAAGACGACUGAUGGUGUAAGUUUAAAAAGAAGCACUUUCUGAGCAGUUUGAUCGACUGAGCAGACACAGCUUAUCCAAACACCUUGCCUUACCUUAAGUCCACUGUUCUUAAGAUUUUAUAUUUAACAGCUCUUAAAUGUAAAAGGUUGAACUGAACCAGUCUCUUUUUUGUUGUUAUUUUGGGGGAGGGGUGGGUUGGGGUGAAGGAGAAGAAAAAAAAAAGAAACCAUGUUUUUUGCUGUGAGGCCAAAAGGAUUAACUGAUUUCCGAGAUUCAUAGAAGUUGAGUCUCCUUUUCAUUUGUUGUUAUAAUUGUCAUUGAGAAUUUGGUGGCCCUUUCGUGCCAUAAUUGGUUUUUGACUGAGGGGCAUUUAUGUAUGUUACUCAAUUUUAAUCACAAAUGCAGUUGCCCAUCUGUAUCACAAAAUAAUGACAAGAAAACUGAAUGACAGCAAAACCAACUCCUUGGAUAACAAUACUUUUUGUGUAACCAUUUCAAAACCAUUAUUUGUGCAUAUAUAUUAUGUGCUAUUUUAUGUUCUAUAGUCAAAUGUUUUUGGUUCAAGUUAAAUAGUGUAAAAUCUAUUGAAACAAAUAAAAAUAUAAGGAUUUCA